UUGACUAAGUAGAGAGUGCCUAACGACUUUUACAACCAUGAUUAAAAUAGAUAACACAUUAUCCACAAAAGUGAAGCAGCCAAUCCAAACCACUCAUAAUAACUCGUUCCACAACUACACAUCCAAACACCAUGAGAACAACAAUCGCAUGUUCAUCAUCAAAUCCCUGCUGCAAAUGGAAACCAUUUUAGCUCCAAGAUCUUUAUCUUCUCUUUUCAAUCUUAAAUCCACACUCCAACAACAAAAUCCCACCAGAUCAUCAAACACCCUCACUCUCCCAAACCCCAAACCCCUUUGCUGUAAUCUCAAAAAAGAUUCAUUCUUUCAAUCUUUUUCAGCAAUUCCCACCAACCCAACUUGGUUUUCACAUGGGUUAGCCGCUUUGGCUAUCUCCUUAGCACUCAAUUUCACUCCAGUUGGGUCCGCAGUUGCAUCCGAAUUUGAUGUGCUCAAUGAUGGCCCCCCGAAAGAAAGCUAUGUGGUGGAUGAUGCUGGUGUUCUUAGCCGGGUUACCCGGUCGGAUUUGAAGAAUUUGUUGUCGGAUUUGGAGUACCGGAAGAAAAUUCGGAUUAAUUUUGUCACUGUUCGGAAGCUCACGAGUAAAGCUGAUGCGUUCGAGUAUGCAGACCAAGUAUUGGAGCGUUGGUACCCGACACUUGAAGAGGGAAACAACAAAGGGAUAGUGGUACUGGUGACCAGUCAAAAAGAAGGGGCAGUGACCGGGGGCCCUGCAUUCAUCCAGGCUGUCGGUGAUACUGUUCUUGAUUCCGUUGUAUCCCAGAACCUUCCUGUGUUGGCGGUAGACGAGAAGUAUAAUGAAGCACUUUAUAGUAGUGCUAAACGACUCGCUGCAGCGAUUGACGGUCUACCUGAUCCUGGUGGCCCGCAACCUAAAGACGCCAAAAGGGAAUCCAACUUCAAAACUAAGGAAGAGACGGCUGAGAAACGAGACCAGUUUACAGUCGUUGUCGGAGGUUUGUUGGUUAUUGCUUUCGUUGUCCCCAUGGCACAAUACUAUGCCUAUGUCUCCAAAAAGUAGUUCAGACCCGUACCCCUGUCACCGGCAAUGUAAUUAAAAAAUGAACUUCAAAACAGCUUUUUUAUGUUUCAACUAACUAAUGGCACAAUAUUAUGCCUAUGUUUCCAGGAAAUAUGUUAUUUCGUUCGGUUUUAUGAUUCGUGUGCUUUCGUACAACUACUUUGUAGAUGUGAUAAUUUCAACCCGUACACAAAUGAGUUGAUUUGAGUU